CGGUUUUCUGGCGUUUUAAUGCGAGUCUGGACGCCGUGGUGACAGCGUGGAUCCGCGUCAGUGCCUGUCGGCGCUUCUUGCCGGCUGUAAACCAGGAAGCAACAAGGUGGUCGAUAGUCCGAAAAACUUGGUGCUGUGUACGAAGUUGUCACCGGGAGAAAACGGUGCCUUCAUACGACAGAGAGAGGCGUCAUUUCUGUGUUUUUACUGGUAAAAUAGAGACAUGGUGACAGCGACAGAAGAAGGCUUGACAACGCUUCAAACCCGAUCAGUUUUAACUGUAAGAGAAGCUGAUGUCAGCCGGGAAAGUGAUAGGGGGACAGUGGAGGUAGAACCAGGUGCGGAAGCAGGGGUGGGCCGGGGUGGCCACGACCACCAAGACCAAAAUAGAUGAGACUGACUUUACUGUGACUGCAUAGAGUGCAAAGAAAUGCAGUGUAGCAUCUAACCACAAGUGUAAAAAUAGCAGUAAAGUGCAUUAUUUACAUUAAAUAUUACUGGUCAUUGUGUGCAUGUGACAUCACCAUUAUUAUCCAAACCGGAAGUCGGCCAUGUUGGAUGACAUCAACAACCCAGACAUGGAUUACAAGGCUGUGUUUGCGACCUUGGACCGGGUUUGUGAGGACAACGUUUCCGUUCUGAGCGGGUCGUCUGAUCUGCCGUGCGGCAGCGUCGCCGGCCGCCUGCUCACGUGCAUCAGGCAGAUCCAGGAACACGGACGAGCGCUGGAGCCGGUGGUUGGCAGCUUCACCGCCGUCUACCAUCACUACGACUUCGACGAACAGACGCCUGGAAAUGGAUACAGGACUCUGGUCAAGGUCUUGCUGUCUUGCCUUUUCCACAUCAUCCAAAAGGCCCGUUACAUUGCCUCCAACUACAACAGUGCCUUCUUCAGGGCCGAGCACAACGCCACCGAGUUGGAGGCGUACGGCAGCGCCCUCUGUCAGCUGCGAGCGCUGCUUCACCUCGCCCAGCGCCUCAUCAACGACAACCACCACGGCCAGCUGUACUCGCUGCAGGACGAGGAUCUGAGCCGCAGGUUUGUGCAGGAGUACAGCUCCAUGCACAAGGCCUGUUUCUACGGCCGCUGUCUGGGCUUCCAGUUCUCUCCUGCCCUUCGUCCGUUCCUCCAGACUGUUGUCAUCAGCAUGGUUUCUUAUGGAGAGACUUUUGGAAAACAGCAGUCUGGCUUAGGCAUGGCAGCUCUGUCUCUCCUCACAUCAGGGAAAUACGUGAUGGAUCCAGAGCUACGAGGCGCCGAGUUCGAACGCAUCACCCAGAACCUGGACCUGCAGUUCUGGAAGUCCUUCUGGAACCUGACGGAGUCCGGCCUCAUCGCGGGCUUCAGCAGGAUCGCCUCCAACCCGGUGCAGGUCAACCUCACCCUGACGCUGCCUCCUGUUGCCCUCCGCCUCCCUUUAGCUGCAGAUCCCAGCCUCACCACCGCCAUUUCCCCUCCGAUCGCCCACUGGGGCCCCGGACCGGUGCACACGCGACUCGUCUCCUGUGAGCUCCGAGAAGGACAGGACAGCGAAGAGCUUCGGGCCUUUUCCCGGACCGAUCCUCCUCCGAUCUCCGUGUCCAGCCUGCCCUGGGUGCAGAAGCAGCCGCCAUCCCCCUGGCUGCUCAUCCACUUCCACGGAGGAGGAUUCGUGGCCCAGACGUCCAGAUCCCAUGAGAAUUAUCUCCGGAGCUGGUCCAAGGAGCUGAACGUCCCGAUCCUCUCCGUCGAUUACUCGUUAUCGCCCGAAGCGCCUUUUCCCAGAGCUCUGGAGGAGUGUUUCUACGCCUACUGCUGGGCUCUGAACAACUGUCACCUGCUGGGCUCCACGGCCGAGCGGGUUUGCCUGGCGGGCGACAGCGCCGGCGGAAACCUCUGCAUCACCGUGUCCAUGAAGGCCGUAUCCGCCGGCAUCCGAGUCCCCGACGGCAUCAUGGCCGCCUACCCCGCCACCCUGCUCACCACCGACGCCUCGCCCUCCCGCCUGCUCACGCUCAUUGACCCGCUGCUGCCUCUCGGCGUCCUCGCAAAAUGCCUCAAUGCCUACGCAGGUGCAGAGUGCCAGUCGGUCCAGCCCGCGGUGGGCAGCGGCGGUCUGAGCUCUCUGGGCCGAGACACCGCCAUGCUGCUCAGCGACCUCACGCACGGAGCCUCCAACUGGAUCCAGUCCUUCCUGGACCCGACACGGACCUCAGACGCCGGCCGGUCCCCGUCACAGAGACGGAUCGACGCCGGCAGAACCUCCGCCGUCGCCUCGCCGACGAACUCCGGAUGCCACGUCGAAUACCCAGAAGGCUUUGAGCCGCUGCGCUCCGAGUGCCUGGCGUUUGUUCGGCCAACGUCCUGCCCAAUCAUCAGGAACCCGUUUGUGUCGCCACUGCUGGCGCCGAACAACCUGCUGAGAGGCCUGCCGCCAGUUCACAUAGUGGCCUCGGCGCUGGACGCUCUGCUGGACGACUCGGUGAUGUUUGCCAAGAAGCUGCGAGACAUGAACCAGCCGGUGACCCUGACGGUGGUGGAGGACCUUCCCCACGGCUUCCUCAGCCUGUCGCAGCUCGCCAAGGAGACCGAGGUCGCCACCGACGUCUGCGUGGCGAGAAUGAGGGACAUUUUUCAGCAAGAAAACCCGACGCUUCAAAAACCGCCAAAGGCUGGAGACUAACCACAGUGCCAAUCCGUCAGGCCGAUUUCUCAGUCACCGCCGGAGACUUUUACAAGAAAAGAGGUUCGAUGUGGUGAGCGUGGUGUCGUGAAUUUAGCAAAAAAAAAGGAAACAAAUGUGAGGAACUGUGAGGAUGCAAUGGAGGAAAACAUUCUGCACUUUAACCCUGCGCUGCUGAGCACUAAAACCAUCAGCCUUCUACAACCAGCUCUGAUAUCAACCUCAAUAGAAAGUCUUUUUCUAAUAAGACGCACAGCAAAGAUUCAGACCAGCCGCACAGUCAGAACAAUACACUCAGAACACAUCACCAUGACCAGCUCUAGCAGUAACAUAUGUGAGUUAUGGCAGCUGUGCCUUGAAUGUAAAGCUUUGCUGAACAGCCUAAAGAAGACAAGCUUCGGUUUGCAUCGCCUACGUUAUCAAACUGACCAGGAUUAAAGCUUUAAUCAUACGGGAAGCUCCUUCCAGAUGCACUGUGUUAUAAUAUUUGGACUAAAUGUACACAUUGACUGGAUUUUCCAGUUUGUCACAUGUUUACAACAUAUUGAAAAGGAGGCCUUCACCUUGUGUUUACCAGCAGAAUCUGGAUUUUAGCGUGAACGUGACUUGCUGUAAUGUAAAUUAAUGAUUUGAAUUUCACUCUGUUGUUAUAUUUAAAGCCUGUGUUAAAUCAAAACUGCAACGAC